AGGAUUAGAAGAAGUUAAAAAUACGGAAGCUUGUGUUUGAUCGAUUCAUCACUUCUUGCUAUGAUAUGUGGGGUCAGGAGGAGACUGGAAACUCUUAUAAUAAACAGUCUUAUAAACUUAUUUGGCAUCCAAAACGAAGCAAAAUUCUCUGUCGGACCACUGCCUGGCUGUUCUGGUCCAAUGGGCAGCCAGAAAGAGGAUGCAGUGGUGGAGCAUGUCUACUGCAGAGGUGCUGUCACUGAGUUACUUAAAUUUGGGCACAAAGACCUGCAUACAGUUACCAAAAACCUGAACUCACCCCAAGUCCUUUUCCUUAUUAUCCCAGGCAAUCCUGGCAUAGUGGGAUUUUACAAGACCUUCAUGUGGACACUGUAUCAGGCAUUUAACCAACGAUACCCAGUCUGGGCUGUGAGUCAUGCUGGACACUGUGCACCUCCAGACACAAUGGAUAUGGUUGAAGAUGCUUCGGCAGCCGAGUCAGAGGAUGUGUUCGGAUUGAAUGGGCAGAUUGAGCACAAACUGGGCUUCCUCUUAGAGCACAUCCCCCAAGACACACGCCUCAUUCUGAUUGGUCACUCAAUCGGCUGCUACAUCAUUUUGGAGAUGAUGAAAAGAGACCCAGCAUUAAAGGUGAUGAAGUCCGUGCUGCUGUUCCCCACAAUUGAGCGCAUGUCCUCUAGUCCACAAGGCAAGGUCAUGACUCCUGUGCUGUGCCAUCUGCGCUACAUCGCCUACUUGCCCAUCUUCCUGCUCUCUCUCCUGCCUGAGAAGUUAAAGGCUGGCAUGGUGCAGCUGGUACUGAGGAACAUGCGCUCUCUAGACACCUCCUGCGUCUCCGCCACCCUCAGCUUGAUCAACGUAGACUGUGCUGCCAACGCUAUGUACAUGGGAAGUCAAGAAAUGAGGAUGGUUCUAGAUCGAGAUAACAUGACCAUACAGCAGCAGCUUGACAAGCUUGUUUUUUACUACGGAGCCACGGACCACUGGUGCCCUGUGCAGUACUACCAGGAUAUACGAAGAGACUUUCCUGAUGGAGACAUUCGUUUGUGUGAGCAAGGUCUACGCCACGCAUUUGUCCUGGAUGCAGGUGAACAGAUGGCCAACAUGAUCACAGAGUGGAUCCAUGAUGACCUAAAGGGAUUAUAGAACUAAUAUCAAAGCAAACCUUACCACUGACCUACACCGGCUGUACCUAUAAAUGGGAACCUAUAUUAAGUAAGUCGGUAAGAAUAGAGAAUUUAGUUAUGUGAGUUCUGAUUAACUUUAUUUUGUUCCCAACUCCAUAGCCUCAAUUUUAUGUUUUUUUCAUUUAGUGGCUUGAUUUCAUCUUUAAUAGUGUCCAACAGGUUUUAGUUCAUUCAGAAGCACACAUUUGAGGCCAAAGUCUGUUAUUCUGUCAUUGCAACAACACGUGUGACUAUGUGUCCUCCCCCCGCAAGUCUUUCCAUCCCAGUACACCAAAACCACCUCCGCUAUGAAAAGAAAUUAUAAAUAAUGUAUUGCAUGUAUGUAUGUAUUUAUGUAUGUAUCACUGUUAUUCAGCAAAAAGGUAAUUUGAUAUCAAUGGUUGUCUAUGUGGGUUACCAUUAAUCUAUAAUAAAUUAUUGUCAAAUA